AUGCGUUUCCUUGCCCAGAUCACUGCCCUGCUGGGCUUGACCACCGCCCUGGUUGGCGCUGUUCCAAUGACUCCAGCCUCUAGGGGACUGCAAAUGUCAGACAAACGAGCUUCAUCAAGCUAUUGGUUGGCAAAUGUGGAUCACCAAGGCACAAUCCCUUUUGGAGGCAGCAGUGAUUAUAAAAUCUUUCGAAACGUGAAGGACUACGGUGCUACAGGUGAUGGUUCCACUGAUGAUACUGCUGCCAUCAACAAGGCUAUCUCGUCUGGCGGUCGCUGUGGUAAGGGCUGUGACUCGUCAACCACUACCCCGGCCUUAGUCUACUUCCCCCCUGGUACCUAUGUUGUUUCCAAGCCGAUCGUUCAGUACUAUUACACCCAGAUCGUCGGUGACGCUGUUGAUCUGCCCAUUAUCAAGGCCGCUGCAGCCUUCUCUGGUAUGGCCGUGAUCGAUGCUGACCCCUACGAGGACAACGGUGACAACUGGUACACCAACCAGAACAAUUUCUAUCGCUCUAUCCGUAACUUGGUCAUUGAUUUGACAGCCAUGCCCCAAGGCUCUGGUGCUGGUAUCCAUUGGCAAGUCGGCCAAGCCACUAGCUUGCAGAACAUCCGCUUCGAGAUGAUCAAAGGCGGUGGUACUGCCAACAAGCAGCAGGGUAUUUUCAUGGACAACGGCUCUGGUGGCUUCAUGUCUGAUCUCACUUUCAACGGUGGUAACUACGGAAUGUUCCUUGGUAACCAGCAGUUCACUACUCGUGGUCUCACUUUUAAUGACUGCAACACUGCCAUAUUCAUGAACUGGAAUUGGGCCUGGACCUUCAAGUCCGUAACAAUCAACAACUGUGACGUCGGUCUUAACAUGUCUACUUCUCCGUCCAACCAGACUGUCGGCUCGGUGAUGUUCCUCGACAGCACUCUGACAAACACCCCCAUUGGUAUUGUUACUGCCUGGGACAAGGACAGUAUUCCUGUCGGUGGUGGUACCCUGGUUUUGGAAAAUGUGGACUUCUCUGGCUCGAAGAUCGCUGUGAGUGGCGUUGAUGGCAGUACUAUACUGGCUGGAGGCUCCACCGUGAAGAACUUCGUUCAGGGUAACACUUAUACUCCUUCAGCUAGUCUCAGCAAGCGCGCUCUCCGCGCUGGUGAGACCGACCAGUCCGAUGAGGAUGUCGUUACCGUCGUCCAGACUGUCUUCCAGACUGUCCUGGCUUGCUCGGCCAGUUAUGACUCCGGCUCUCUCGCCACUAACCCCGCCUUGGCCCCUGUGAACAGCCCUGCUUCCAGUAACAUUGCUCUCCCGACAGGUGACGCGCCAGUUCCCCAACAAACCCUUGGAUCGAGCAGCUCGUUUGCGUUCAGCAACACUGUUCUGCCCUCUCUCCCGGGUAGUCCUUCUCGUGGGGCUGCUAUUCCCACACUCUCCGGCCUCCCUGGCUUUGACAACAGCUGGCUCAGCAUGUUUGAGUCAUCUGAUCUGCCAUUUGACUCGACUGUGUUCCCUGACCUUGAUACCUCCGAUGCCGCCACUCCCACUCCCACGCCCGACUAUUCUACUUCUGACGAUGUGGCCUCUGAUGUUCCUGUCACCACUUCUGAUGAUGUCGCUUCUGAAGUUCCCACCAUCACCCCCAACACUUCUGAGUCUGACGUCGUCACCCCUGUUCCCGUUGUGUCCACCCCCAGUGAGAUUCCCGUUGUUGGUACCUCAACCGUCGUCACUUCACAGCCCUCUGUCGUUCCAGGUUCUGCAUCUACUGCACAAUCCGUUGUUGCAUCUACUCCACAAUCUGUUGUUGCAUCUACUGCACAAUCCGUUGUUGCAACUGAUUCCUCGACCGUUGCUUCUUCCCAGGCUUCUAUCGCUUCAAGCUCCGCAUCAAGCUCUGUAUCCAAAGGUAGCAGCACUGGCACUUGCGGUUCUAGCCAAGCUGUUGAGUCUGCCCGUACUCAGAAGGUCAUCUCCUCCUCAUCUAUGCCCAGUAACCUUCUCUCCGGCGGUGCAGUGUUCGAGCGCUCUAAGCCCCUCUAUGAGAAGCUCGCUGCUUCCUCCUUCAUCAGCGUUAAGUCGGGCGGUGCAAAGGGUGACGGUACCACUGAUGACACUGCUGCUCUCCAGAAGAUAUUGGACAGCGCCGGCGCUGACGACGUUGUUUACUUUGACCACGGUGCCUACGUGAUCACCUCCACUCUCAAGAUCCCCAAGGAUAUCAAGAUCACCGGUGAGAUCUGGCCUAUGAUAAUGGCCCAUGGCAGCAAGUUCGCUGAUGAGAACAACCCUAUCCCGGCUGUGCAAGUCGGCCAGAAGGGCGAGACUGGGUCUGUCGAGUUGAGUGACCUUAUCAUUACCACCAAGGGCCCUGCUCCUGGUGCCAUCCUCAUGGAAUGGAAUGUCGCAGGCUCUUCUCAAGGGUCAGCUGGUAUGUGGGACGUCCAUUUCCGUCUCGGAGGAUUCACUGGCUCUGAGAUGCAGAGCGACACCUGCCCCAAGACUCCUACUGUCACAACCACCCCUAAAGACGAGUGCAAGGCUGCUUUCCUGCUCCUGCACAUCACCGAGAAUGGCAGUGCUUACAUCGAAAACUCCUGGCUGUGGACCGCCGACCACGAGCUUGACCUGUCAGAUCACAACCAGAUCAACGUGUUCACCGGCCGUGGUGCACUUAUCGAGUCGAAGGGCCCGGUCUGGCUGUGGGGUACAUCCUCCGAGCACCACCAGCUCUACAACUACCAGGUCUCGAAUGCAAAGAACGUCUUCAUGGGUCUGAUACAGUCCGAGACUCCAUACUACCAGUCCAACCCUAGCGCCUUGACCCCCUUUACCCCACAAAGCGCCUGGAACGACCCCGACUUCUCAACCUGCACCACAGCCUCCUGCCGCAAGUCAUGGGGUCUGCGUGUCCUUGAAUCCUCAGACCUCUUCGUCUAUGGUGCUGGUCUGUACAGUUUCUUUGAAAACUACGCCCAGACAUGUCUCAACUCCGAGGACUGCCAGGAGAACAUGGUCGAAGUCGACUGCUCGGACGUCCAUCUUUACGGUCUUAGCACCAAGGCUGCUGUCAACAUGGUCACUUCCUCUGGCGGUCAAAGCCUUGUACCUCAGAAGCCUAACAAGAGCAACUUCUGUUCUACAAUUGCUCUCUUCGAGCAGACUGUCUAA